AUGGCCUCCAAAGGUCCCAGGUCUAAGAUUGAUCAUGAGAGCAGAGCCAAACGGCAAAAGGCUCUUGAAGCUCCAAGGGAGCCUAGGCGACCCAAAACUCAUUGGGACCAUGUCUUAGAAGAAAUGGUGUGGUUAUCAAAGGAUUUUGAAUCAGAGAGGAAAUGGAAAUUAGCCCAGGCAAAGAAAGUAGCUUUAAGAGCUAGCAAAGGCAUGAUAGAUCAGGCUACAAGAGGUGAAAAGAAGAUGAAGGAAGAAGAACAGCGGUUAAGAAAGGUUGCACUAAAUAUUUCUAAGGAUGUUAAGAAAUUCUGGACUAAAAUAGAAAAGCUGGUUCUUUACAAACAUCAAAUGGAACUUGAUGAGAAGAAGAAAAAGGCACUUGACAAACAGCUUGAGUUUUUAUUAGGGCAAACUGAGAGGUACUCAACAAUGCUGGCUGAAAAUCUUGUGGAUGGUCCUCAUAAAUCAGGAGAGAAUAAUUCUGUAGAGCAUCACAUAAGUAUUCAACGCAAAGAAGUACAUGGAGAUGUUAUUAAUGAACCUAAGGAAGCUGAUGUUGUGGAAUAUCAUUCAGAUGCAGCUGACAAUGAUGACGAAUAUGAUGUACAAUCUGAUGAUGAAUCGGAGGAUGAUGAGCAAACAAUUGAGCAAGAUGAGGCGCUUAUUACUAAAGAAGAGAGACAAGAGGAAUUGGAAGCGUUGCAUGAUGAAAUGGAUCUUCCGAUUGAGGAGUUACUCAAACGUUAUGCUGGGGAGAAAGGAGAAUCGGUGAUGAAAGAAGAUGUUGAGAUGGUAGUUAUAAGAGCUGGUGAUGGUAAGAAAGGAUUAGCAUCAGAAAACGGUGAUGAUCAUUUAUCUGUUAGCAAAACUGACACAAACAACUCCAGCAUGGUCUCUGGUCGACGUUGUGAGGAAAGUAAUGGUGAUGUUGCUACACCGGCAAACAAUCUAUCUCAAUGUGAGGAUGGUCAAUCUGAAAAUCUGAAAGAGGUUCCGAGUGAGACAGCCAAUGAAGAUUUUGCAUAUGAUUUUACUGAUGAAGAGCACGCCACAGCAGGAAGCAGAGCUGAGCAGUCCUUUACUGCUGAAGAUGGUGACUUCUUGCUUGGCACAGAAGAUAAGGUGGGGUUGGUAGUUUAUGUUUUCUACAUGUACUCUGCUUUCCUAAUGGCGGGUGGACUUCAACAUGUUAAUUGUGACAUUGACAUAAUGACUGAAACUUUUAAGGGUAUGCCUUCUAAUUGUUGUGGACCUCAGUACCUCAGCAAGGUCUCUGGUUGGGCUAGGAAUCAAGUCCUAUUCCCAAUGGUGUCAGUCAGUGCAAAUGCCCAGCUUAGCUUUGUUGUAUUGUUCAGCCACAUGAUAACAUGGGCAACCAUUAAGUAUGAUUUUUUACAGUUGAAUGCAGACACUGGCGUGGCUAGAUCUUAUGGAGGGCUUGAUGAUGAAACAACCUUAUCUGAUGAGGAAAAACUGGAAAGAGUUGAUGCAAUUGAUCCCAAGGAUGAGAUUGCAUUAUUACAAAAAGAGAGUGAGAUGCCUGUUGAGGAACUGCUUGCAAGGUAUAAAAGGGACCCAAGUGACAAUGAAGAUGGGGAAUACGAAUCUGAUUAUGCUUCUGCUUUAUCAGAAGACCAUUUGGAUUCUCCUGUCUAUGAAGAUGCUGGGCAAAAGGAUCCUUCCGUUCCUAUGGAUGAAGAUAUCAAUUCUUGUGAGCACCUGGCAACUGUACAGUCCCAGGCAGAAGAACAUUGGGAAUCGCCUCAUGAAAAUUUGGAUCAAAGAGAAAGUGAGCAUAUAAUUGCUGAUGCAGCUGCUGCUGCAAGAUCAGCACAACCUACUGGAAACACCUUCUCCACAACUAAUGUGCGUACCAAAUUCCCUUUUCUACUCAAGUACUCUCUUCGUGAGUAUCAACAUAUUGGAUUGGAUUGGCUUGUCACGAUGUAUGAAAAAAGACUGAAUGGAAUUUUGGCAGAUGAAAUGGGUCUUGGGAAAACAAUUAUGACAAUAUCUUUGCUUGCACAUCUUGCUUGUGAAAAAGGGAUUUGGGGUCCACAUUUAAUUGUGGUACCAACUAGUGUAAUGCUUAAUUGGGAGACUGAAUUUCUGAAAUGGUGUCCUGCUUUUAAAAUUUUGACUUAUUUUGGAAGUGCAAAGGAGCGAAAACUUAAAAGGCAAGGAUGGUUAAAACCAAACUCAUUUCAUGUAUGCAUAACAACUUAUAGAUUAGUUAUCCAGGACUCCAAAGUUUUCAAACGCAAAAAAUGGAAAUACUUGAUUUUGGACGAAGCUCAUCUCAUUAAAAACUGGAAGUCACAAAGAUGGCAGACACUCUUGAAUUUCAAUUCAAAACGACGGAUUCUCUUGACUGGUACACCACUACAGAAUGAUCUCAUGGAACUGUGGUCUCUCAUGCAUUUCUUAAUGCCCCAUGUUUUCCAGUCGCACCAAGAGUUUAAGGAUUGGUUUAGUAAUCCUAUAUCUGGGAUGGUAGAGGGAGAAGAAAAAAUUAAUAAGGAGGUUGUUGAUCGCCUGCACAAUGUCCUUCGUCCCUUUUUACUCCGUCGACUAAAGCGAGAUGUGGAAAAGCAACUUCCAAUGAAACAUGAACAUGUCAUAUAUUGUAGACUAUCAAAGAGGCAGCGUAAUUUGUAUGAAGAUUUCAUUGCUAGCUCAGAGACUCAAGCAACUCUUGCGAGUGCCAACUUUUUUGGGAUGAUUAGUAUUAUCAUGCAACUUCGUAAAGUUUGCAACCAUCCUGACCUAUUUGAGGGUCGACCUAUUGUCAGUUCUUUUGAUAUGUGUGGUAUUGAUAUUCAGUUAAGUUCUUCUGUUUGCUCUAUGCUUUUGUCUACUCCCUUUUCAAUUGUGGACCUAAGAGGUUUGGGUCUUUUAUUCACUGAUCUUGACUACCGCAUGGCUGCUUGGGAAAGUGAUGAAGUACAAGCUAUUGAGACCCCUGCAACUUCAAUCAUGGAACGAACUGAUUUAGCUGAGCUAGAAGUAAUUAGGCCACUGAAAUGUCAAAAAAACUUGCAAGGAACAAACAUUUUUGAAGAGAUCCAAAGGGCAAUCUGGGAAGAGAGGCUAAAGCAGGCAAAGGAACGUGCAGCAGCUGUUGCAUGGUGGAACUCCUUGAGAUGUAGGAAAAGACCUAUGUACUCAACAACUCUGAGGGAUCUUGUUACCUUAAGCCAUCCUGUAUAUGAUAUUCAUCAGGUGAAAGCAAACCCUGCUUCGUACAUGUACUCAUCAAAGCUAGCUGACAUUGUUCUCUCCCCCAUUGAACGAUUUCAAAAGAUGACUGAUGUGGUUGAAAGCUUCAUGUUUGCAAUUCCAGCUGCACGGGCACCCUCUCCUGUUUGCUGGUGCAGUACAAGCGAGGCAAAUGUGUUUCUGCAGCCAUCUUACAAGCAGAAAUGCUCUGAAGUUUUGUUACCGCUACUGUCACCAAUCCGACCUGCAAUUGUUCGCCGGCAAGUAUAUUUCCCUGAUAGGCGUCUUAUACAAUUUGACUGUGGGAAACUUCAGGAACUUGCAAAUUUGUUGAGGAAAUUAAAAUCAGAAGGUCACCGAGCUCUGAUAUUCACCCAGAUGACAAAGAUGCUUGACAUAUUAGAAGCAUUCAUUAAUUUGUAUGGUUAUACAUACAUGCGCUUAGAUGGAUCAACCCAACCAGAGGAGAGACAGACCUUAAUGCAGCGCUUUAACACAAACCCCAAAUAUUUUCUUUUCAUCUUGUCAACCCGAAGUGGGGGUGUUGGUAUCAAUCUAGUUGGAGCUGACACAGUUAUUUUUUAUGAUAGUGACUGGAAUCCUGCUAUGGAUCAACAGGCACAAGAUCGAUGCCACAGAAUUGGUCAGACACGCGAAGUUCAUAUUUAUAGAUUGAUUAGUGAAAGCACCAUUGAGGAGAAUAUUUUGAAGAAAGCAAAUCAGAAGCGUGCACUUGAUAAUCUAGUUAUACAAAGUGGGGGUUAUAAUACUGAGUUCUUCAAGAAGCUCGAUCCUAUGGAGCUAUUUUCAGGUCAUAGAACACUUUCAAUAAAAAAUAUGCCAAAGGAGAAAACCCAGAACAAUGGGGAGGUUUCUGUAACUAAUGCAGAUGUAGAGGCUGCAUUGAAAUGUGUAGAAGAUGAGGCAGAUUACAUGGCUUUGAAAAAAGUUGAACUAGAAGAGGCUGUGGACAACCAGGAGUUUACAGAAGAAGCCAUUGGGAGACUUGAAGAGGAUGAAUAUGUAAAUGAAGACGAUGAGCCUGCAGAAUUAGGCGAAUCUGUUUCGAACUUAAAUAAAGAGAAUGCAUUAAUGUUAAAUGGAAGUGAUCAUAAGGAAGAUAGACCACCACACACUGUUGCUGUCAAAGAAGAUGAUGCUGACAUGCUGGCUGAUGUCAAACAGAUGGCUGCAGCUGCAGCUGCAGCUGGACAAGCUAUCUCAGCAUUUGAAAAUGAGCUUCGCCCUAUUGAUAGAUAUGCCAUUCGCUUUCUGGAACUUUGGGAUCCAAUUAUAGAUAAAACAGCCUUGGAAUCUGAAGUCAGGAUUGAGGACACAGAAUGGGAGUUGGAUCGCAUUGAAAAAUACAAGGAGGAGAUGGAAGCUGAAAUCGAUGAAGAUGAGGAACCUCUUGUAUAUGAAAGCUGGGAUGCUGAUUUUGCAACAAUGGCGUAUCGACAGCAAGUAGAGGCCUUAGCUCAACAUCAGUUGAUGGAGGAACUUGAAUAUGAAGCUAGACAGAAAGAAGCUGAGGAAGAAGCUUGUGAUUCUAAAAAGACAAUACCAGGGGAUUUGAAGCCCAAAUCUAAAAAGAAACCUAAGAAGGCGAAAUUCAAAUCUCUAAAGAAAGGAUCUUUAAAUUCUGGCUUGAAACCUGUGAAAGAAGAGUCACAAGCAGAGCCAAUGAACAUAGAUGACGAGGAUGUCAAUGGUCUAGAUUUUGUAUCUCCAAAUUCUGCCAUGCAGAAAAAACGGAAGAAAUCUAAAUUAACAACUGAUGGUGAAGAAGACAAGAGACAUAAGAAGUCCAAAAAGUUCAAGAGGGAUCCUCCUGACUUUUAUUCGUCUGAUUUUGAAUCCAACUCUUUAGUUUUGCAUUAUGAACAUGCAGAAUUAAAAACCUGUGAAAGUCUGGUUGAUUUGGAACAAAGAACAUCAGGCAGGAGUAAGAUGGGAGGAAAAAUAUCCAUCACUCCUAUGCCUGUAAAACGGAUUUGGACGAUAAAGCCAGAAAAAUUAAAAAAGGGAAAUCAGUGGUCCAAAGAUUGUAUUCCGUUCGCUGAUUUUUGGCUUGCUCAGGAGGAUGCAAUAUUAUGUGCUGUUGUUCAUGAAUAUGGUCCUAACUGGUGUUUGGUUAGCGAUGUGCUUAAUAGCAUGACUGGUGGUGGGUCAUACAGGGGGAGAUAUCGUCAUCCUGUCCAUUGCUGUGAAAGGUUUAGAGAACUAUUCCAGAAGAAUGUCUUGUCAAUGGAUAAUACAAAUAAUGAGAAGAUCAACAGUUCUGGUUCUGGAAAGGCUCUUCUUAAAGUUACAGAGGAUAACAUCCGGAUGCUUUUAGAUGUUGCUUCUGAGCAGGUAAAUAGGGAGUUGUUGCUGCAAAAGCAUUUUUUUGCAUUGCUUUCAUCUGUCUGGAAAGUGGCAUCACAUGUUGACCGCAGGAAAAAUCCAUCACCCACCUGUAAUGGUCUCUAUUUCGAUCAGAGUUUUUUUACUUCUAUUGGCCAGCCUUCCCAAAAUUCCUUGAAGAAAAACUCUGAAAAGAUGGUAUUUGCAAAUUUGGCCCAGAGUAAGAAGUUAGUUGCAGCUGCACUUGAUGAUACCACAACUAGGGAAGUGAAUGACAGAGUCAUCCUCUCUAACCAAGGGGAAGGAAUGCCAAUGAGUGCAGAACGACUGGAUAUAAUGCUGGAGUUCCCAAAAGAGGAGAGUGAUGUCUUUUCUUCAUUUCCAUCAGUUAUAAAUUUAUCCAUACAUGGGACUGAACCAACACCAUGUUCAAGUAAGCAAACAGGAGAAGAUGACUUCAAAGUUGGUCUGUUCAUUGCAGAGAAUCGAUUCAGGGAAGCAUCAAGAAUUUGUGAAGAAGACAGCUCUGGAUGGGCAUCAUCUGCAUUCCCAACCAACGAUGCAAGGUCUCGACCUGGAUCCAGGAUGCAAUCCUCUGGAAAGCAGAAGUCUUCUGUAUCUGACUCUGCUAAGCCUUCUAGGUCAAAGUCCAAAAGAGCAUCAAUUGAUCCUAGUGAAAUGCAGCAGCAUCAAGCUGACUCAAUAUUCCAGUCAGUGCCAUCAUUUAAUCUGAGAUUUGAUCUCGGUUCAUCUACAACAGAUGAAGUUGGAAUUGAUGCUGUGGAUAGAUGUUUCCCCUUUUUUGACUUGAAUGGGGAAAGUUCAUGGGAAAUGGAGUGUACUGGAAUGAUUCAACACGAUUAUGUUGCUGGUUUAAUCUCAGAACUUGAUGAUUGUACAACAUUCCCUGAAUAUACUGACAUUAGAUGA